AUGGUGACCGCCACUUUGCGAGACGGCCAAUCCGGGCUGCCGACUCCCAAAAGCACGCGGUCCUUCUGGCAUCGCGACCCGUCAUACGUCCUCCUGGGCCGCCGUUCGACGCCAGACCUGCCCGCGACGGCAGACGUGGUCGUCGUGGGCAGCGGGAUGACGGGGGCGUUUGCGGCGCGGGAACUCGUUGCCGGGGGCCGGUCGGUGGUGAUGCUGGAGGCGAGGGAGGCUUGUUGGGGGGCUACGGGGAGGAAUGGAGGACACUGUCAGCCCAUGAUUUACUCGAAGAAGGCGCAUAUUGCGCGCUUCGAGCUUGCUACGUAUCGUUUCCUGGAGGACAUUGUGACCAAGUUUGGUGUGGCGUGUGAUUGGAAGCGGGUUGGUGGUGUUCAUGGACUGCUUACUGAUGAGCUGGUCGAGCUUGUUGCAAAGAGGAUCGAGAUUAUUGAUAAGCACCAUCCUGACCUCGCAGGCCUGGCGACGUUGUACACUGAUCCCGAGGACCUGAAGAGGCUGAGGGUGCCGAAUGCGAAGGGGGCGGUGCUGCAGCCGUACGCGGCCAAGUGCUGGCCGUAUAAGCUCGUUGCCUGGGUGCUGGAGGCGCUGUUUACCAAGGAGGCUCCGGAGGUGUUUAACCUGCAGACUUCGACGCCGGUAACGCAUUUGCAGAAGAUGGAGACGGGAUCGUCGUGGGUCGUGCAUACGCCGAGGGGGCAGGUCGUUGCCAAAGAAGUGCUCCUUGCGACGAAUGCAUAUACGAGCCACCUGUUGCCGAAGAUGACGGGGCUGAUUGUUCCUGUUCGGGGCCAGGUUUCUGCGCUGGAGCCGCCGGAUGGGAGUGUUGCACUGGAGCACAGCCAUGUGUGGAUCGCGGACGAGAGUGACGACUACUUGAUUCAGAGGGACGACCCGCUGGAGAUGAUCAUCGUCGGGGGGGAGAGGCUGAGUGUUCCCGGAGGAGGGGAGGGGGUGUGGCAGGACGAUGAGAUUGACGAGGUUGUUGCGGAGCGGUUGAAGCGGUGUCUCCAUCCUGCGCUGAAGCUGCGGCCCGAAGGGGAGGACGAGGAGGAAGAGCUCCGGGCGAGGUGGCAGUGGACGGGGAUCAUGGGGUACUCGGUCGACGGUUGCCCGUUCGUGGGGAGGGUGCCGGAGGAGCUUGGGGGAGGUGAUGGGCUGUGGGUUUGCGCUGGGUACACGGGGCACGGGAUGCCGGUUGCGGCGAGGUGCGCGGUGGCGGUCUCGCAGAUGAUGCUGGGAGGAGGAGGCGGCGGCGGCGGCGGUGGUGCUGGUGGUUCUAUAGAGGUGCCGGAGGAGUUUCUGGUGAGUGCUGAGAGGGCGGAGAAGGCGAGGGGGAGGGAGUUGGUGAAGAGCUGCUUGGAGGAGUUUAGGAUGGGGAUGGAGGAGUUGGUCCAGGGGGGGUUGUAG